AUGUUGUCCCUUUGUAAAGAAAACCCGAUCAUCGCUCUGGGCUGCUCAACUGCUCAACUGCUCCGUUCAACUGCUCAACUGCUCUGCUCAACUGCUCCGUUCAACUGCUCGACUGCUCCGUUCAACUGCUCUGCUCAACUGCUCCGUUCAACUGCUCAACUGCUCCGUUCAACUGCUCAACUGCUCCGCUCAACGGCUCCGUUCAACUGCUCAACUGCUCCGUUCAAGGCUCCCAGCUCAUUCAGAACAGAUCGAACUUCUUAUUCCAAGUUAGCUGGAACUUGCAAGGGGGAGUAUGUUCCCUCCGUUUGA